AUGUCUCAGAUUAUGCAACGUUUACAACCAGACAAUAGAAUAUAUCACGAUAGAGCACUUCAAACAUUUCCUGAAGUAGAAGGCAAUCUGAAAGAAAAUAAGCUCGCAUACCUUAGUUCUCUCCUUGAUAUUGAUGAAGAAUCAGAUAAUUAUAUGGCACAGGAUAUUUUUACAACAGUUAACUAUCUCUCUGAUGCAGGAUACUCUGUACCGCAAUCAGUUCUUAAUUCUGUUUUCUUUUGGUGCUUGAAAUUUCCUCAAUAUACAUCAGACCUUAAAAAAUUCACUAAAAGACUUAAAACGCAAGCAUGGUUAUAUCAUGCAAUCGAAAAUAUGUUAGAAACUCAAUUCGAAUUCUUUAAAAAAUCAAUUUUAGAAAGUCCUUCAGUUUGGGAAUUCAUUAUCGACGAAUUUGAACAAGAUCUCAAAUCAAAACAACUUUUACUUGAAAAUGACUUUUCUAAAUACCAAGUUUCUCUUUUAAUUGAAUCAUUAAUUUAUUCGUGGGAACCAGAAAACAAAUCACUACAAACUAUACCACUUUUAGUUACUUCCUUAAUUGAAUUUUGUACUUCUUCCCCAAGUUUGAAGUCUACAAACGGAAUUUUAUCUAUUCUAUUCCAAAUGUUUCCAAACGAAACGUAUGAACUUGUUUGUCAUUGUGCAGACCGAUUAAAUACAGCAUGCAUUCAAUUGAUUGCAGAAAAACAUUUUUACGAAAAAUCUCCUUUAGAAGGAGAUAAAUUCUCAAUUGCAGAGAAAAUGCUUCCAUUCAAUAUAGAUUUGGCCAAAUCACUGAUUGAAGGAUGCUCAGAAUUAGAAGUAACAAUAUUUAACGAAAUGAAAAAUCAUUUCAAUGAAUUCAAUAAUAGAUUCGUUCCUGAAUAA